AUGAAUACUAACGGAACAGCUAAUUUGUCCACUUCCGGGACACCCUUCACUGCCCAAAUGCCGCUGCAGUGGAAUACCUUUGCGAUCAUUAUGCUGAUCACCGCCGCUACUACCGCGAUCUUGAACAUGCUGGUGCUCGUAACGUUCUUCCGAGGAACCGCUUUCCACACCCCGUUCAACAUUUAUUUGGUUAAUCUGAUGGCAGCCAACCUCUUGCACAUUUUACUGGUUAAACCAUUCGACCUGAUCUCUACAGUAGCGCGCGGAUGGAAUUUGUCAUUUUCCACGUGCACCUACUACCUGUGGGCCUCAUACAUCGUCGACUCAGGAAUGUACCAUGCGACCGCGCUGAUUGCCAUUAAUCGCAUCUGGGCGGUGACCUUUCCCGUCAGUUACAAAUACCGGCACACGAGAGUAGCAGCUGGGUGCAUAUGUUUGGGCAGCUGGGUGUACGUCCAUACUCUCCAGCUACCAGAGAUUAUUCGCGAUGCACUAUGUGAUGAAACAAGUGGGAAAAACAUCACAGUCAUCAGUGGAAUUCGGAGCAAGAACCCCGCACGACCAGAUAAUGCUCUCGGCAGUAAAGUUCUGGCGCCCCAUAAGAAGCGAUCCAGUGGCUACAUUAUUUACACGGCAUUAACCAUUACGGCGUUUGUCUGCUGGACACCCAAUCUUGUCUUUUUUAAAAUGAACUUAUUAUCGGGACACUAUGAUGAGACCGUUUACGAAAUCACGGCCAUUAUGUUUAUGUUACAAGCCGCCCUUGAUCCUCUUUUCUUCGUCUUCAGCUUGAAGGAUAUCCGCUUCUACCUGAAGGCAGCUUUGUGCUGCACAUGCUUAUGA